AUCUACUAGACCUGUCUUUCUUACAUUACAUCUCACUCGACGGUCGCUGAGAGGAACACUCAGUCGACGCCGCCGUCGCCACCAUGAACAAGCGCCCUCACCCAGGCAUGGGCUUACCCGCAAAGCCUUACACACCCCAUCAGCCUGGACCCGCACCUCCCCUCCCCGCUGGUCCUCCUCCAACUCAGCAGCAGCAACAGUACAAUGACCAGCAGAACGCGCACGCAGCAGCAUGGGCAGCCUACUACCAGGCGCAGGGAGUGACUUCCGCCCCGGGCUACAACGCCGCGCCGCAGGCUGACCCUUCCGCGUCCGCGUCCAACCCGUACGCAAACUAUGGCUAUGGCGCUGGAGCGCCCCAUGCAGCUCAGGCUCAGAACCAGAAUACUGGAUACUCGGCACCCGCGGCGGGAGGCUACAAUGCUGGCCCGAGUUACCGUCCUCCGCCCCAGCAGCAACAACAGCAGCCACAGCAAAGCUACGCGUCGCCGAUGCAACAGCAGCAGCAGCAGCAAGGUGGUUAUAACGGGCAGAACUACAACGGUGGUGCAGCGAGCCCCGGGGGGUACAACGCGCGGCCUCCAUACAACAACCAGCAGAACCAGGGGUAUAGUGGUUGGAACCAGCAGCAGCAGCCUCCUCCCCAGACGCCCCAGCAGCAGGGCUACAACAACGGAGGAUACAACACUCCCCAGCAGCCCUACUACCCCCAGUCUUCCCCUUCGGGCCAUGCGUCCCCUUCAGUUAACCAACCAUAUCGACCUGCUCCUGGCCCGCAGAACCAGCCCAACAGACCGUACCAGCCUCAGCCUGGCCCGCAACGGUCGUCGAUCCCCCCGAGACCACCCGCACCGGGUGGACAAGGCGGAGGACCUGGUGGAUUUCCACCGGCAAAGCGACCUCGAUUCGACGGACCAGGCGGUGGGGGACCAGGAAUCCCUCCGAGACCACCUUCUCAGAGCGGACGCAACCCCUCCGGGCCUGGCGGCGGAGGCGGGGGAGGCGGCGGUGGUGGUGGCUUUGGUUCCGGCAUGGCCCGUCCUAUGGGCGGAGGAGGUGGCGGAGGCGGCGGUGGCCGUGGCGGAUCGCCCAUGUCUUCUGCUUCCAUUCCCCGUAUCGGCUUCAACACGCCACCUCGUGGUGGCGGACCGAUGCGUGGUGGGAUGGGCCGCGGCGGUGGCCCGAUGAUGAGCGGCCGUGGCGGUGGAAUGAUGGGUGCUCCUCGCGGUCCUAGUCAUCUACGCAGGAACGAUCUCAACCGGACCCCUGGGCCUCGACAGGGCCGUGGCGUUGAGCCUCCUCGCGAGCGCGAACGCCCGGGCGAGAAGAAGCGCAAGGACAAGACCGAGAAGGAGGCCAGGACCACCAUGACCGACUUCAGGAUCGUCGGUAUCGAAGUCAAGGAGCUUGGCUGGAGCUGGGGCCUUGUCGGCGGGCAUGUUGUCGACGAAGUCAAGGUCGAAGAGGUCAAGGAAGUCGCCGAGGCGGAGCCCGAAGCAGCCGAAAAAGCAAAGGCCGACCCCGAAGUCAAGGCUGAGCCAGAGGCAGAGGCCGAGGCUGAAGUCAAGGCGGAGAAGGAAGCAGAGCCUGAGGCUGAGGCGUCCGAAGCGGUUGACGAGAAGCGCGGUGAGAAGCGCAAGGCCAAGGCGUCUAGUGUGGAUGGUGACGUCGAGAGUCAGUCUCCCAAGAAGCGCAACUCCUCGUUCCUCUCCACCCAUGGAAAGCCGAACCUGUCCGAGAUCAAGCCUCCCUCGUCAGAGUCCAACCAGAACCGAUUCAGGAUCUAUUUCGAGUCCCCGCCCGAGCUCGACCGCGUUCCAAAGUCGGCGCGCCGCAACCCGAACAAGCGGUGGCGCCGCGAGUCGAGCAGUGUGGCACCAAGCCGCAUCGGCGAGACUGAAGAUGGACACGAUGGCGUCGAGGGAACAGAGGCUCCAGAGGACGGCCACGAGGCCGCUGUCGAGGGCGAGGAGCACGUCGAAGGUGCCGAGCCUGCGCCGGAGGCCGAGGGGGAGACCAAGCCCGAAGACGCUCCCCCCGCCGACGCUACGGCUGAGGCGCCAGUGGAGGAAGCAACAGAACCACCACCCGCUGCGGAGGCGGAGACGGCCGAGCCCUCCGCCCCGACCGAGCCGGAGACCACUGAGCCCCAGGCGGAGGCUCACGCUGAGGCAGAGGCAGAGCAGCCUGCCGAGCCUGCUCCCGACGUCCCCGAAGCCGCCGAGGCACCAGCCACCGAGGAGCCAGCCGCCGAGGAUGUUGGGGACAUCUCGAUGGUCACUGAUGCCGCUGGUGUCGUCGAGGCCGAGGCCAACGAAGCCGACGCGACCGACGCCAAGGCCGAAGGCGAGGGCGAUGACGCUGCCAAGCCUGCAGGUCUCACUGGUGCUGAGGCAUCAGCCGCCGAGAUGGAGGCCGCACUUGCCGAGUCGGCGCAGAACGCGGCAUCUGCGUAUGGUAACCGAGGCUCAAAGCAAGCCAGGCGGUGGUCCACUUCUACCACCGACAGCCAGACUGAGAGCAUCCUUGCUACCCUUCACGGCGAUGUCCACCAGCCAUCGCACAACCGUGUGACCGUCAUCUAUGAGGAGAGCUCCCGUCGCCUUGUCUUUGACGCGUCUGUCGUCCAUAAGAUUCGGAUUUUCCGUGGUGAGGGCCGCAUCGAGGUGGACCUCUUGCCUGGAGCUGCACCUGUGAUUCCAAAGGCCGAGCCCGACGACAAGGACGGCGACAAGGUGGAGGAGAAGCCUGUUCUUGAACUGCCCAAGGGUGUCAUGGUUGAGACAUACGACCAAGCCGAGCAGCGCUUCAUCGCCACGUCAAGGGAGAAGCUCGACCAGCUGACGGACUCUGACAAGACGCUGCCACCUCUGCACAAGGUGUUCUCUGGCGUUGCAACCUCCAACCCCAUCACGCUCACGGUCUACUUGAACAAGAAGAAGCCGCUGAGCGAGCCUAAGUGGUGCCGAACCAACCAGGCUGAUGAGUGGCUCUACGAGCAGUUUGGCCGCCGCACCGGCGGCGACGCGGGCUGGCGCAGCAAGCUCGAGAUUGUCGACCCGGAUGCGCCUCCAACUCUGUCUACGAUCCUGGACCAGUGGAAGAACGGCUCGAGCAGCGGCACCACAGGCGAUCGCAACGACUUUACGAAAUCGCUGCUGGCUUCCCCCAACGACCUGCUCGAGAUCCUGCUACGCCUCACCCGUGGCGAGCGUAACCCCACGGCGUCGAUCGGCACUGGCCCAUCAUCGGCAAAUGGCCCCUUGGCGACAGUCAUCCGCCCCGACUCGCCAUACGCCAGCCACCAAACGCACGUCAGCCUGGCGAUCCUCGCCAUGUACCAACUCACGACCGACUUUGCACAGCGAGCCGGCGUCAAGACCGAGGUGCUCAACGAGAAGAUUGCGGACAUCAUCAAGUCGCUGCCGACACACAUGAUCCACAAGAGCCUCGAUGGUCUCUACAAGGAGUGGCUGGCGGAGCGCAAGGGCUAAGGCCGGAGCGCAAACCAGAGCUGCAACCUGCAGCAGUAAGUCACGCGUUUAGCGGUGUCACAGGGUCGUUUUCCACCACGCUCCCUGGUGCUGGUCGAGUGGCGCGACACAUGGCGAAAGGGUGUGCGUGGAGGAGGCCUAGAAGCGACGCACCAGGCGUACGCGGGGUAGAGGCGAGAAGCGAGUGGCUGUGUGUGUGUCUGUGUGAUCGUCGUGUUCCCAUCAUUUCCUUAACCAAACCCAAAACCCAAAACACAGUGCCGUGGCGCGCACCCCCGUGGCGUGCCAGGCCAAUCCUUGCACGUUUUGUUUCCCAACACACGGGCUUUCUAUGCAGAGACCUG